UCGAAAUUCGACAAUUGGAUUGACAUUCGGACAUUAUAUAAUUUUUCCUCCUGUGAAUUUUCAGGGUGAAUUUUCUCAAUUUUCUGGGCAUUCAGGUGAAAUUCAACAAAAUCCCGAAAUCAUGUCUGAUAAAGUGUCCAGACCCAUGAAAUUCCCCUAUACCUUCUCCGCGAAAAUCGCCCAAUUUCCCUACAAAUUCUACUUCACAAAGCAGUGGAUCUGGAAGUAUUAUGCCAUCUCGGUGGUGUGCUGCCUCCCCAUUUUCUACAAAAUCAGCAAACUCGCUAAUUCCCCUGAAAACAAGGCCAAGUGGGCAGAAAUGAAGAAGAAGGAACUAGCGGAACACCACUAAGUAUCUCCCCCCACGAAUAGAGAAUCCGAUGAUGAUCCAUCUAAAUCUUAAAAUUCUGUAGUCUCAUGGGAUGAAUAAAAUUGCUGGUUGGAAGUGAAAAAAAAA